ACAGCAGCAGCAAACCCAUCCUGGGUCUGGGCCUUUCUUCUCUCUCUUUUUCCAUUUAGUCAAACAACACCUCCCCAAGCCCUGAAAAAAUGCCUGCCUGUGAAGCGAGGAGAGGGCGCCGGGUCUGUAAAUAAGAAUUUCUGCACCUGAGGCAAGUGCCUCACUCCCCUCGCCCGGGCACUGCCCUGAGGUGAAGUAGGGUGAAGAGCUGGCAGAGCUUUCUGAGCAACUUGUAUUGUGGGGAUGUUCCCCCCCCCCUUGAACUAGGCAUUAGAGGAAGGAAAGAAAGGCGUAAGGAAAGGAACAGGCGCAGCUUCUCGCCUGUCUAGCCAAGACCAGCGGGCUUUGUAGGCACCAUGCCAGGCAGCUGAUCUCUAGGCAAGAGUCCCACUGAGCGUGAAAUGUUGGAGCAAAAAAUGGACGACCUACUGAGUCAUCAGAGACAAUUUGUCGAAAAUAAUCGUCGGUCCUUAGAACAGAAAAUAAAAGAAAAGGAAAAGGAAGUGUUUCAUCAGUUACAUGACUUACUGAGAGGGGAUCUGCCGUGCGACCAGAUAAACCAGGACUUGCAGCAAGCCAACGACGCUCUACAAGCAGAACUCGACAAAGAAAUGGAGGAAAAAAACCUUCUUCGCUGCCAGUGUGAUCAAAAAUCUGAAGAAAUCCAUCAGCUGCAAGAAGAACUGAAAACAGCUAAACAGUUUCUGAAGGAGACCCAGAAUUAUGCAGAAGAGAUGAAAAAGAAGAGUUUGUCUCAGGAAAUACAAUUAGAAAAGAAAGAAGCUGAGAUUCGGGAUUUAGAGGGGAAAAAUCAAGAUUUGACUGAGGAACUUGAGAAAGUGCAGUCAGAGUUGCAACUUAAACAAGCUGAGAUCACUCAUCUCCAAAAUCUAUCUGCAGCCGAGUUGGCUUGUUUAAAAAAGGAAAUAGUAAACAUCAAGGCAGAGCAAAAGAAACUUCAAGAGCAACUUAACAACUCGCUUCAAGAAAAUGAGCAACUGAGCAAGCUAGACAAUCUGAAGGUUCAACAGAAGAAGCAAAAUGGAUUCGCUCACAGUAAACUGAAGACAUGGAUGCAAUCCUGUGCUGAUGAGAUGGCACAUUCACUGACCCAGGACAACGAGCAAGAGUAUGAGCCAGACGGACUCCCGGAGGUGGUCAGAAAAGGCUUUGCUGAUAUUCCUACUGGGAAAACCAACCCCUGUGUUUUGCGCAGAACAGCGCUAAACCUAAAGACCAGUCCCCGUCUUGCUGCUCAAAGCCAAAAUUUGUCACCAUAUGGCCAAUGUUUACAAAAAGGCAGGUCAGCUAAUUUUGCCAAGAUCUCUAAACCGACAGCUGGUGGCAGCAAAUCACCAAAGGUAGAUGAUACUCAGCAGCGCCAAGCAGAAACAGCUAUUGAACCUAUGGAAUCAAGAUCUCCUCUUUGCAUGAAGAAGCAACACACACAAGCUGUUGCUGAGAACUCAAGGGAGAAUCUCCACACACACCAAGGCAGAUGUUCCUUGAGCACACAAAAACUACCUGAUCAAAAUGAACAAGACAAAAACUGUAUGGUACAGUAAACCUGAGUAGUAUACCAUGAAACAAACCCUAACCGCACCCCUUGACCCCUUAAACUCUGCCCCUUCACCCCUUAAACCCCACCCACCUGUCACAAGAAGUCCGCUCCGGGGAGUAUUACUCCCAGGGUCAAGAUGCCACAUGACCGCAAGCAAGGUGUGUCACGUGACCAUCCUCUACCACUCAGGAAGGGUUUCAGCCACUCGGGACCACCCCGAGAGGAGAUUUGACCA